AUGUGUCCAACCUCUGAGCUGUGGAAGCUCACUACCCUAGACAGUGCCCAAGCAUAUCUAGCCAGCCCAGGUAGCAAUAUACGCCUGCAGAACUAUAUUGGCAAUGAAUUCUCCGAACAUGGCAAUGAAUUCUCCGAACAUGGCAAUCCUGACAAUUGGAUCGAAUCUUUCAAUCCUAGAACUGGAGAGGUGAUAGCAAGUCUUCCUCGGAGCGAUGCUUCUGAUGUAGCUCGCGCCGUGGACGCUGCCUCACGGGCCUUCCCAUCCUGGUCGAAAACUACCCGACAAGCAAGAUCCGAUAUCCUUCUUCGAAUUGCCGCCAUUAUCCAGGAGAGAAAGGAAACUUUCGCAGUUUGGGAAAGCCUUGACCAGGGAAAGACAUUAGCUCGAGCUCGUGUUGAAGUCGACCGCGCAAUAUCGAAUUUCAGAUACUUUGCGACUUACAUUCUUCACGAAGAAGGCUCAGCACGCUUUGUUGAUGGCCAGCCCUCAACCUUAACAUAUGAACAUCGAUCCCCUGUUGGGGUCUUCGCCUUGAUCUCACCUUGGAAUAUGCCCCUGUACCUCCUCACAUGGAAGAUUGCACCAUGCAUCGCCUUCGGAUGCACAGGCGUGGCAAAGCCCAGCGAAGUCACCAGCAUGACCGCCUUCUUACUCGGCGAAGUAUUCCGACAAGCCCAGCUCCCACCAGGCGUGAUGAACAUUAUCUUCGGCGACGGACCAGGAGCCGGGUCAACACUCGUCAAAUCCCCACUCGUCCGAGGCGUGUCAUUCACAGGCGGCACACAAACAGGUAUUAGUAUCCGACGCGACACAGUCGAAGAUAUCGGCAAGCACCUAUCCCUAGAACUGGGAGGAAAGAAUCCAACCCUCGUCUUCGACGAUGUUGAUCUCGACCAGGCUGUCCCCAUUGCCGCACAAGCCGCAUUCGAGAACAGCGGUCAGAUUUGUCUGUGCGGGUCCCGAAUUUAUGUCCACCGUGCUAUUUAUGAAAAUUUCACAUCCGCGUUCGUGGAUUAUGUACAGCAGCAUUACCGGCUGGGAGAGACGGUUGGUCCUGUCGUUUCCCGGCCACACUACGAUAAGAUUAGGUCUUACCUUCUUCAAGCUCAGAGCGAAAAGGCAAUCUUCCUCGCCGGGAAUAUUCCCUCUGAGGCUCCUACGGGCGGGUUUUGGAUUGAGCCAACGGUUCUCACCGACCUUGGCACAGAUAGCAUCGUCAUGCGCGAGGAGAUCUUCGGGCCAGUGGUCACCAUCUCACCCUUUGACACGGAGGAAGAGGUAAUCGGACUAGCAAAUGACAAUCCGAAUGGACUGGCAAGUGUUCUCCUGACGAACGAUAUAUCGCAAAUGCGCCGAGUCGGGGAGCGGAUAGAUGCCGGACUGGUCUGGGUUAAUUGCUGGCUGGUACGGGAACUGGGCACAGCAUUCGGAGGAAUGAAGGCAUCCGGUACAGGCCGAGAAGGCGGCGCACAUAGCCGAGAUGUCUUUACGAAUCUGCGAACUCUCCAUGUUCGUUAG